AUGCGUUCGACAUUCGCUAUUGCCUUUUUGGCUCCAGCCAUCUUGGCUCAAUCCAAUGUUUUGCCUGGACAUGGAACAGCUUCUGCAGGGUGGAACACCACCAUCAUUCCUGGUCCUACCGGGGUCAUUUCUUCGACUGUUCCCAUUCAUACUGGGACCGAGUUUACAGUCACAACUACGGCUGCGAACUCCACCGGCAUCUGGGUGACUGUUCCUCCCUCCACUAUCACGGCGACAUACACGGCCACUUACACCCACACUAUCACCUCCUGCCCACCUGGAGUCAAGCCAUGCCACAGCGGUGCUGUCACGACGUUCCUUACAACCAUCACCACAACCUACUGCCCCGAGACUCCCGUUCCCACUCCUUGCCCUGGCGGCAAAUGCCAUCAUCCUCCUCCAUCUCCCCCUUCCCCUCCUUGCACCGGCAAGCACUGCGACAACCCGUUCGUCUGCUACGGAGAUCACUGUGCCUACGAUAAGCCUUGCGACGGUGGAGACUGCAGCCGCUGCCUCCUCUGUGCCGACGGAAAGUGCCAGCCGAACCAGUGCAGCGGCAACGACUGCGGAAAGAUCAUCAUCUGCAAGGGUGACUCCUGCCGGUACCACAAGUGCCAAGGCGACAACUGCAACAAGGAGAAGAUCGUCUGCCACGGCGACAAGUGCAAGUCUGAGAAGUGCCACGGUGACGAGUGCAACAAAAAGUACGUCUGCAAGGAUGGCCAUUGCAAGCACGAGCCCUGCCCUCCCGAAAACAACAACAAGCACUAUGAUUGUCACGGCGAAGAGUGCAAGCCCAUCGAGGAGUGCAAGGGCAACCAAUGCCCCAAGCCUCAGCCGCCCGUCAAGCCUCCUCAGCAGCCUUCCGGCACCCCGCCCGCGCAGCCACCGGCGAGCCCUCCUGUUCAGCCCUCGGCCCAUCCAUCCAAGUCCGGGGAUGUCCCGCCUCAGGGUCCUGAGCAAACUCCCGUCAGCCCUCCGGAGCACACUCCUGUGAAGCCUCCUCAGGAGACAUCGCCUGAGCCUCCCCAGCCUUCUGGCAACCAUCCUGAGCAGCCCUCUCCCACGCCCGGGUCUCCUACAAAGCCAUCUGAGUCCCAGCAUCCCACCCACCCUGUCGUCGUUGCUGGAUCCAGCAGGUCGGCUUCCGGGAUUGCCUUCGUGGGUCUCGCUCUUGGUGUUGCAGGAGGGCUUGUCUUCCUCUAA